AAAACUUUGCCGAAACUCGUAAGACCCAGGCAGUUAGAGCAGCGCAGAGAUUCAUAACACAGCACACACACACACAAAGAGAGAUCUUUUCAAUCCCGGUGACGCCUUUCCCGUGUUUUGCAAGAAUACUCGGUUUCUGUCAGAACCACGGAAGAUUAAGAAAAAGUCGGGCCCAUAGACAGAAUGAUAAUUGACGGAGCCGUCGAGGACAGUCUGGGCAUGGCGGACCAGGAGUGUGGGCUGAUGACAAGCCCCAUGAACCUGGGUUAUUUUUACGGGAACUCCCCUGCGCCGAGUGAGCAGUCUUGCUCUCCGGGCUCCCAGCUCUCUCCCCGCUCACCGAGCUCCGACUGCGAGUCCACAGGCAGCUGGUACGAAGGCAGCCCGGAGCACAGCAGCACGCAAGCGAUCAACGCUCAUGGUGAGGCGCCCAUGGGUGGCGGGAGGCAGCAGAGCCGGCAUUUCCAGGGGGUGCGAGUGAAGAACUCGGUCAAGGAGCUCCUGGAGCUGAAGCGGAGCGCCCACAAGCUCUCGGUCACAGGCAAGGUACUGAAAAAUUCAAAUGGAGCAGCACAGUUCACAGACCUGAAAACUAUCCUGCGAGAGGGAAAGAGACAUUCCCCAGACUGCCUAUUUGAUACCCCGAAUUACAAGAAGAGUGCAACAUUCCACACCAAUGUGCUGACACCCCCCCAGACACCCAACACCAAUGACUACAUGGAACCUGACCCACAGGAGGGCUCCCAGAAUCUGGAAACCGAUUCUAGUCUCCUGGACAUCUUCCAGGUUUUAAGAGAAGGCAGCAGCAGCCCCCUCUCUCUGACGACGGUGCAGGUGAACUGGGAGAAUCCAUCCCAGGGCCCACAGGACCUAAACCCAUCAGCCCUGCCCCCAGAGGGAUAUAACCCAGGCCCAGUCCUGCUCGGUAGCAGCCUAUCCCAGAAUCAUCUCCACGGUGCAACCCAGUCGCAGAACCCAGAGGUGUCCCCUUACUCGCCUCCAGAGAUGCUUCCACCUUGCUCUGGCAGCGGUCAGUCCGGCUCUCCCUUCCCCCCUCAGACCCCUUUCGCCAUCCCCAGCCAAAUGUCGGGUCUUGGGGCUCCGCAGUUCCCAGACCAGCAUCCCGCGAACGUCUUCCGGGCCAUCUCCCCUCUCGGCCCGGAGGUCUUCUCUGCCCCCAACCUUCCCCUGGUCCAUCGGUCCUUCCUGGGGCCUGGUGGGAUGUCCUUCUUCCAGUGGCAGAUCGAGCAGGAGGAGAGGAAACUGGCUGGCUUGAGCGAGGACUGUCUCGUAACCCGAGACUCCGAUGGCGACACGUUCCUCCACAUAGCUGUUGCCCAGGGAAGACGGGCACUGUCCUAUGUGCUCGCCAGGAAAAUGGCAGCAAUUGGCAUGUUGGAUGUGAAGGAACAUAAUGGCCAGAGUGCCCUGCAGGUCAGCGUGGCAGCAAACCAGCACCUGAUAGUACAGGACCUGCUGAACAUGGGGGCUCAGAUAAACACGGCUGACUGCUGGGGUCGCACGCCACUGCACGUGUGCGCGGAGAAGGGUCACGCCACAACUCUACAGGCAAUUCACAAAGCUGUUCAGGCAAACGGGCAACAUCUUGAUCUGGAGGCCAUUAAUUAUGAUGGCAUGACUGCGAUGCACACCGCCAUCCUGUCCCACAAUGCUGUGGUGCAAGAGCUGUACAAGUCCCAGAAGCCCCACUCCCCGCACGGUCAGCAGCUGCUGCAGAGGAGCAAGCUGCUGGGAGAGUGCGUCAGCACGCUGCUGCAGAUGGGAGCCUCCUUCAAGACCAAGGACCGCAAGAGUGGUCGCACGGCACUGCACAUGGCUGCAGAGGAAGCCAAUGUGGAGCUCCUUCGGCUUUUCCUGGACCAGCCCGAUUCCCUGUCUGUUGUCAACGACAAGGUGUACAGUGGGAACACGGCCCUCCACAUUGUCAGUGCCUUGCAGGACCGUGUGGCACAGGUUGAUGCAGUGAGGCUCCUCAUGAGGAAGGGCGGGGAUCCCAGUGUCAAGAAUCUGGAGAACGAGCAGCCUGCACAGCUGGUGCCCGAUGGGCCGGUGGGAGAACAGGUCCGACGCAUUCUGAAGGGCAAAGGAACUGCUCCUCGGUCAUGUCCUUUCUAGGCCCUGAUACGUCUUCUCUACAACCACUGUCAGUUAGGCAGUCCAGUUUUCGUUGUAAAUAAUCAUUUGUCGGUAUGAGACAGAUGUGAGUUGUUUCCAUGAAACAAAUUAAUCAGUUGUUCACUACUGUGUAGUAGGUGGUAAAGGAAGGGAGGGGGAAAGAUCUGAUACUAACCCUUAUAAGCUAAUUCUUCACCAUGAGCACUCUUCAGUGCUGGGAAGAAACAUUGGUAUUGAUCAAAAGAAAGUUCUGGAAGUGAUGAUGGUGUCAGAUUAGAAACAUGGCCUUGACUGGAUCUUGUUGGAAGCAUGUGAAGUUUACAGAUAUGAUUUAGUUCCACCUCUAGCAUGUUGGAGGAAUGUUAAUGAAGGAGGGUUAAGACGCUUUCUAGUAAGAUUGCCACAGUCAGUGGUGUAUGUACAGGAAAUAUUGUUUUAGGAUAAGCAGAUAAUUAGAAGCCAUGGCAGCUCAAACAUGAGAAAUGAAUAUAAUGUGUAAACACAGAAGUAACACCAGCUAUAAUAAACAAGGCCUUUACCCAUCAGAUAAGAUAUUACACCCAGAAGCUGUUGAUUUUUUAGCACAGCCAUACUGUAACUUUGUCAGCCAAGGUCUGUCUAAAUCUGUAGUGCUGGAUUAAUGAUCAGUACAUCUUGGUAUAGUGAUUUCCGGCAUGAUUGCCUUUUCACAAAGGGUGCUCCGUAAACAUUUAACUGGAAUUGGACCUUGUGUGUUCUGGGAAAACAGAUGACUAUUUUUAUUCAUUAACUUUUAUGACUUGAGUUAAACAUUAGCCCUGCUCAUCAAGAUAGGAAGUACAGAACACCAAAGACAGUAAAUAUGAGACCAAAGAAAAGAGAGCAGCAACAUUUUUGGGCAUGAGUUAGUAGUCCAAACAUGUCUCUUUACAUAAACAAUAAUUCAGUAGUCCUAACAGUGAUUUGUUCUAGAGCUGUAUUGUUCUAGAGCCCUAAAAUAACUGACAUUUUCUGUUGAGUACUAUUCAUUUGUUCUGCCAGGAGUUUUAUUUUAAGGGACCCAGAGUUUGCAACAGAGCUUUAGAGUGCCUUAAUUUGAUUUCUUUCCUAAUACUAAAGAGAGGGUUGGUUUAGAGCUAUUAUUUGUGAAGACUAAGAGAUGAGAAUCAAUAGUGCAUGAUAUUCUAACGUGUUUUUGAAUGUAUAUAAUAUAUAGGUGGUGGUACUCUCUCUGGAAUGUUUUUUGACAACCAUAGGAUUAUUACAGAAUAGUGAGAGAUUGCAGGAACCUGUUAUCUUUAUGUUCCGAUAACACAAUUUUUCUUAGUGUUUUGUGUUUUUAAGACUUUGCUUAGGGAUUUAUUGUAGAAAGAAACUACUAGCCAUUAACAAAAUAUGAUCAUUUAGUGUAUUGAGGCGAUAGUGCAGGAAGGAGAAGUCACACACUGUAGUAGCUCAUAAAGCCUUUGUGCUGGUACUGCAGCUCAUGUUAUUGGAAGGGUAAUUUAAUAUAUUUAUGGAAAACAAAAGCACUUAUUAUAUAAAUGUUAUUUUAUUGUAUUCAUUGAAGCUGUUUCAUCAAUAUUACCGCAACCAAGUUCCUUUUAAUCAAUGUUAAAUAUUAUCAGUAAUUCUUGCUGGAUGUGUUUUAGAGUUUUAAGGUUAAUAUGAUCUUUGCCAGUAGGCAGUCUGGAUACAAAUGGAUGUAAAUAUGUUAUGAAUUCUGGUUGUGGGACUGUCAUUUAUUAUAUAGAAUAUACAUUUUAGAGCAUGUCAUAUUAGAAAAUGUAUAAGGGUAUAUUAUAAAUGUUUUCAACCUUGGGAACCAGGUGAUCCUAGUGCACAUAUUACUUAUUUGCUACUAAGUCAGUUUUGUUUAGAAGGAGGACUUGCCUUCAAGGAAGAUUCAUAUCAGUGACAAAUAGUUUUGAAAGAGCCUUUGUUUGUACUGAAGGUGUGGUUUUCGGUAAUAUUAGGUUUGCUCUCACCAUUUGACAAAGUAUGUCUUGUAGACAGUUUUUUUUUUCUUUUCAACAGUUUUUAUUGUGACCAAUAUAGGAAAUGCUGUACCUUUUUCAAUGCUUUAAUAUGCAUUCUUAAUAAAACAUAAAAAUACAUUUCCGUUG